AAAAUAGAAAUGCAAAAUUGGAUUAUUUUUGCAGUCAAGGUUACUGUUUACUAAACAAGGUAGAAAGUAAAACCGAAGAAGCAGAGCAAUAGAGUCGGGUUACUAUUUACUAAAAUGAACAUGAAAAGGAAGCGAGGGGAUAUGGAGAUAGUGUGGCAAACUCCCGCCAACCCACCGGAACGCCAUGACUACAUCUUCCGCAAUGGAAUACGCUAUGUCAGACCUUACUACUUCGAAUUCAUUUCUCAUGUGAAGAACCGGUGGGCUGGGAAGACAAUUGUUGAUCUCUUCUCUGAAGAAUUUAAAGGGAGACCUCGUGAUUACUAUGAAUCCGCUGUUAAAUCUGGACGUAUACAAGUUGAUGGACAAAAGGUGCAUCUUUCAUAUGUAGUGCAGUCAUCACAAAAGAUUAGCCAUUUCUUGCACAGGCAUGAACCACCAGUGAUGUCGUGGGAUGUCGAAAUACUAUGUGAAGAACCAGACGUGCUGACAGUGUGCAAGCCUGCAUCUGUUCCAGUUCAUCCAUGUGGACAAUACCGCAAGAAUACGGUCGUUGGUAUACUACAAGCUGAGUAUGGCUUGGCACCUUUGUUUCCUCCAAUUUUCCUCUUCUGCUCUGACUUUUCAGAAGAGUAUCCAUUGAGUUCUUCAUUCACUGCUAAAUUGAUCUUUUACAUGGUUGGCGUGGAAGACUGUAAGCACAUGCGAAGUCAAACCAAUGUAUUUCAGACUCAAGAGGUCCAUACUUUCCACCCAAUAGAAUCAGGAGCAGUGCAGAAACAGUAUAUUGCGAGAGUGAUCGGAGUGUUCCCUGACAAGCAGCAAGUUGUGAAUGCUAAUGUCAAUUACAAUGCCCGAGAAGGGAGAAGCACAGUUGAGGUGGGGGAUGACCAGGGAAAUAGUACUGCUUCACUGAAGGGAAAGACUGCAUGUACCAAAUUUACAAGGAUUAGUACCAACGAGAAGCACAGCAUUGUUUUGUGCGAACCCGUCACCGGCAGGACACAUCAGAUACGUGUGCAUCUGCAAUAUACAGGUCAUCCUAUAGCCAAUGAUAUGCUCUACCUGUCUGAACUCGUGUCUAGUCGUUCUGCUGAAGGAUCGAGUGCGGAUAGAGCUGCAGCUAAAUCAUGUUCUCCUCCAGAGCCCAUCUCUCUUGAAAAUGGCAUUAGUGACACGGCAAAUGACUCCAAUGAAGAUUUCAGCAUUGAUCCUAUGUGUACAAAUUGUCCAAAUCUUGCUCCGAAAGGGUAUGAGGGAAAUGAAGAGGGUCUAUGGCUGCAUUGUGUAAAAUAUUCAGGACCUGACUGGAUAUAUGAAUGUCCACUUCCAGAUUGGGCAUCCCUAAGUUGAUAUGCUCUUUCAACAUUCAUUAUACGUCUGAUUUCAGAACUGUAUUAUGCUCUUGGUUCUCCGCCUCUUGUGCUCUGUUCAUUCUUGUGAAUCUGGAUGCAUUGUGGUCCUGGUAAACUUCUGGAGUUAUGCGAAUGUGAUUGGGGAGACACCCAUACGGUGUUUAUGGUCUUCGUAUGGUGCACGGUCUACCUUGAAUUUGGAUUUAUGGGAGGUUAGCUUUGGAGACCUUUCGAGCUCAACUGGUUUAUGAACAAGUGUUUUGCAGCAAUUGUUCCAGAAACAAUUUGGGAAGUCGUCUGUGUUUGGCGGAGGUGAUUUUGUUUCACCAUCUUAAUAUUGGAUUACUGAGAAUCUACACCCUUCAUUUGUAAACCAGCAGUACGGAACCAUCGGCAAUUAAUAGAUGCCUGGUUCUCUGUUGCAAAAUUGCAUUAUCUGGAAAUUGUUUGACAAAAAAAUAUAGACCUUGGUUUAGCUAAUUAAAUUUAUAUAAAUGAGGGUUAAUUUUA